GGGAUGAGGACUAGGGGUGGGCAAGGGGGGUUGUGUAGAGUAAAGGCUUAGAGAGUAGAGAAUCGAGCGGGCAAUAAGCGUCUACGUCGUCGUAGUCGUCGUCGUCGAUGACGUUGGUGACGUGAUGGUGGCGCUGGCGUCGUGAUACGAAAUGAUGAUGGCGUAGUACUAGUAGUAGUAGUAGUAGCAGUAGUAGAAUAGUAGUAGUAGUAGUAGUGGUGUGGUGGUGGUGGUUAUGAUCGUGAUGCUCGUAGUAGUACCGAGCGUGUGUAGUAGCAAGUUUUAAGGGCGGGAAUGGUGGGUAGUGGAGGUGGUGGUGGUGGUGGUGGUGGUGGUGAUAGUAGUGAGGGUUUUAGUGGUGGGGAGAGGGUGGUCUUUGCCUGGCGUCGUUUUCCUUCGGUGUGGCUGCCUCGGCAUUAGAGUACAGUGUCAGUGCGCGCGGAUCCGUCGUGGGCCGUGAAUCUCUUCUCUCUUCGGCAUCUCUCUCUCCGUGACGCACGAGAGAGGACGCGCGCCGGCGAGGGAGAGAGAGAGAAAGAGAGAUAGGGACGUGAGAGCGAGUGAGCGCGCGCGCGCACUGAAAGGGAGAGAGAGAGAAAGAAAGAGAAAGAUAGGGUGUCAAGAGAGAAAAGAAAGAGGGAGAGAGAGAGAAAGAGAGAGAGAGAGAGAGAGAGAGAGAGAGAGAGAGAGAGAGAGAGACGUGUUAACGUUCUAUGCUCGGGUGUGCGUAUGUUUGUGGGUGUGUUUGUUUGUUGCGUGUUUAGCUAAGGGAGUGUGCGCGCGCGCGGUGCCGCUAGUGGUGCUACCGGUAAAAAUUGGCACCGCUAGUACUGGUGAAGAAGAAGAAAAAGAAGAAGAAAAAGAAGAAGAAGAAGUAGAAGUAGAGGAAGAAGAAGGAGGCGGUGGAUGGCGGUGGCGGUGGUGAUGGUUGGUGAUAGUAGUGAUGGUGGAGGACGAUCGUGAAUCGAUGGUGUUGGUGAUAGUGAUGGUACCGGUUGAAUUGAUAACUUCUUUUCUUGGUCGUUCUUCUAACCUUAAAUAGUAUUAGAGAGAGAAAGAGAAAGAGAAAAAGAAAGAAAGAAAGAAAGAAAGAAAAGAUAAAGAGAGAAAAAGUCGUCCCGGAUACCACGAAUCGCGAGACGAAGACGAAGACGAGGACGAAGACGACGACGACGACGACGACGACGACGACGACGACGACGACGACGACGACGACGACGACGGAAACCGGAAGAGUCGCGAGAGGAUGAGAUCGAUAAGGAGGAGGGAGCUUACGUGCGAGUUACGUGAAACGGUCGCGUAGAAGAGCGCGUACGUAGCUUUGAUAGUACGGAGUACUGUGCUCGGCACCCUCCAUCAAUCGCGUUCGGAGUACCGUCAUCCUCACCUCGUCCGGUGCGCGUCGCGAGGACGAGGGAGAGAGAGAGAGAGAGAGAGAGAGGUGGAAGAGAGGGUAAAUAGGGUAAAUAGAGGAGAAGGUUGGGAAGAGGCUGAGGAAGAGGCUGCGAGAUAGAGAGAGAGAGAGAGAGAGAGAGAGAGAGAGAGAGAGAGAGAGAGAGAGAGAGAGAGAGAGAAAUUUCGGAUAAAACGUGAAGUAAUAGUGAAUAUUCAACAUCCUUGUCUUUCUCUCUCUCCCCCUCGAUCUCGGGCUCCGCUCGAUGGGGUUCGUCGCCGAAAGAAGGUCAAAGAUCGAUCGCCGACGAAGAAGGGUCGUGACCUCACGCGUACGUACUGACCCACGCGCGUAGUACGUUACGAGCCGGAGGAGGUGGAGUUAGAGGUGGAGGUGGUGGUCCGUUAUAAAAGAGAGAAAGAUUGGAGAUGAGACAAUGGAUCGGUACAUUCCGAUGAUGGGCCUUAUUACGAUAAAAGAAUAUAAUAGGAAGAGAGAUAAGAGUACUCGGUGAUUUGCUACGAUUCUUAACAUCGAUGAUCCUAGUUCGUGGACGUAUACCUUCGCGUAGAGUAGACCUCACCUUCGAACGGACGAAAGAUCCCGGGAUCGGACGAGUAAGAAAAGAAGUGAAAGAGAAUCGAAGGGGAUCAGUUUUUGGGGGUGUUAGGAGCACACGUGCUCGCCGACGGUGUAGAACUUCGUGAGAAAGAGUGAGAAUGGGGCGAAGGGAGGCUCGUUAGCAAUCUACGGCUGGCAUAGGAACGAUGAAGAGGAAGCAAAGCUGAGAGAAAGACGAAGAAGAAGAAGAGGAAAAAGAAAAAAAAGAGGACGGUGGAGAAGAGAGAAGCUGCUGUUGGUGCUUCGUGAACAAGCCAGACGGAUCGUUAUUUAUGAGGAUGCGUGCGAAAGUGUAAGGGCGCGACGGUGUGACUGAAAGUGCUCGAUCGGAAGGGAGGCUAAAAGGAAGAGGAGAGAGAAGAAGAAAAAAUAAGAAAAAAGAAGAAGAAGAAGAAGAAGAAGAAGAAAGAAAACGAAAAAGAAGAAGUGGGGAUAGGGUGAUCGUAGAGAGUCGGUCAAAGGACUAGGCCGACUGUCACAAACUCCUGGUCUGUGGAAAGAGAAGGAGAAAAGUAGAGAAGGGUAGAGGAGAGAAGAGAGGAGAGAGAGCGAGAGAGAGAGAGAGAGAGAGAGAGGAGAGGGAGUAUAUUCCGGUGUGGUAGGGGCUUGAGAAAAGAGAAAAGGGGGUGGUCGCGAGAUGUCUCGCGAUCCUUAUUCGAGCGGCAGCGGCGUGGUAGGUCCGGGAGGCGGCACCCGCUCACCGCGAAGCGGUCGUCGAGUCGGCGAACUACCGACCGUCGACCGUAGCCCCUCGAGGAGUUACGCGAGCGGUCGCGGAAGUCCUCUAGGACGAAAGAGGAGCACGCGUAGCGGGAACAACUCGCCCGAGCACCUCGGAUACGGCAGCUACCAUCACCAUCAGCUGGGAAGCCCGUACUACUCUCGCGACGAGGACCUCGCCAGUCCCGUCAUGCUCGAGGAGAGGGGCAGGAGUAUGUCGACAGGGGGCGGGGGUAGCAGCGGACAUCACAGAUCCAGAAGCGCCUCGAGACCCGCCAUGUCCAGCUCGGCGGGCAUGUCGACGAGGUACACCAGCCUCGAUCGUGCUUCGGCCGGUAUUCUCGAUCAUGAUCGAGAGUUCGUACCGAUUCGGGAACCGCGUGAACGUAGCCGUGAUCGGGGCCUAUAUCUCGAGGAUGAAAUUUAUGGAUCAAGAUCGGCGAGGCAAAGUCCAAAUCCCCACAUGCUGCGGGAAAGCGGUGGUUAUAUCGGCGAGCUUCAACAUCAGAACAACGAUCUACAAAGGGAACUGGGUAAUCUCAAGAAAGAACUCGAGCUGACGAAUCAAAAGCUCGGUAGCUCGAUGCACAGUAUCAAGACGUUUUGGAGUCCGGAACUGAAGAAGGAACGAGCCCUUAGGAAGGAAGAGAGCACCAAGUAUAGCCUCAUCAACGAGCAGCUCAAGCUACUCAACUCGGAGAAUCAGAAACAGAGCUUAAUAGUACGACAAUUAGAAGAGGAACUCAGAUUGAGGAUGCGUAAUCCAAGCGUUGAGAUGCAACAACAAAUGGAAGUUUUGUACAACGAAAAUGAACACCUGACGCGGGAAAUUGCUAUACUUCGUGACACAAUAAAGGAAUUGGAAUUGAGAAUAGAAACGCAGAAGCAGACAUUGCAAGCUCGCGAUGAAAGUAUCAAGAAGCUUCUCGAGAUGCUCCAAAACAAAGGGAUGGGAAAAGAGGAGGAAAGGAUCAUGUUCCAGCAGAUGCAGUCGUUGGCCCAGAAGCAGCUUUCUGAGGAGCUGGAGGAACUCAGAACAGAACUGCAGCGAAGGGAUCAGGAACUCAUGGGUAUGUCGGCGAAAAUGAAGACUCUCGAGGAACAACAUCAGGAUUAUCAACGACACAUAGCCGUACUAAAGGAGUCCCUAUGCGCGAAAGAGGAACAUUAUAAUAUGUUACAAGCGGACGUCGAGGAAAUGCGACAAAGAUUGGAGGAGAAGAACAGGAUGAUCGAGAAGAAGACACAAGCAGCUAUGCAGGCGCAACAGGAACGCAAUCGUAUGAAUAACGAGCUAACCGAACUUAAGGAUCACAUGGAUAUCAAGGAUCGAAAGAUCAACGUUCUUCAGCGCAAGAUCGAAAAUCUGGAGGAUCUGCUGAAAGAAAAGGACAACCAAGUUGAUAUGACGAGAGCUCGGUUAACGGCUAUGCAGGCACAUCAUUGCAGUAGCGAAGGUGCACUUAGCACUUUGGAGGAAGCUAUAGAAGAUAAGGAAAAGCAAAUGGCGCAAUUGAGAGAACAGAGGGAUCGUGCGGAACAAGAGAAACAGGAAGAGAGAGAAUUGCACGAGCGUGAGAUCGCCGAGUACAAAAUGAAGAUACAUGCUCUGGAGUCCGAGGUCGAGAAACUCGGUGCCCGAUUGGAAAGGGCACAAGCUGAGAAAGAUCGGCUCGAGGCUAAGCUCGAGAGCUCGCAAUCGGAAUUAGGCAAGAGUAAAGCAGAACUUGACAAAGCUGCAUCCGAAGUCGGUCGCAGUGGUGCCGAUUGGGAGGCAGCAAAACAAAGGUUGGCCAGGUUGGAAUUGGAGAACGAAAGGCUCAGGCACGAUAUCGAGAGAUCGCAGUCGAGCUUUGGUAGGAGUACCUUGAAUUCGUCUCAGGAGAUGGAUAGAAUUCAAGAGAGAGCAGAAAAAACAGCGGCAGAUUUAAGAAGAGCGCAGGCUGAACUUAGGGUUACACAAGCUGAUAACGAAAGGGCAAGAGCCGAAGCUGCUGCCCUUCAAGAAAAGGUUGAAAAGAGUCAAGGCGAGGUGUACAGGCUAAAAGCUAGAUUAGAAAAUGCACAGACCGAACAAGAGAGUCUUCGCGAGGAAUAUGAUCGAGCUCAAUCAUCGGCUGCUCGUCUUCAUUCCGAGAGAGACAAGGCUAUAGCCGAACUCGAAAAGUCCCAAGAGGAACUUGAACGCACCCAAGCAACCCUCGGCAAGGCACAAUUGCAGCAAGACAAAUUACAGAAUUUACUCGAUAAGACGCAAAGCGAGGUGGACAAACUUCAGGAGAAGCUCGACAAGUCACAGACCGAAGUUCGUAGGAUGCAAAUGGAAAGAGAAAAGCAAAGUUACGACUUUGAGAAUUUGCAAAGUCAACUGGACAAGGCAUUGGGUCAGUCAACCAGGAUGCAAAAGGAACGGGAAACGAUACAGUUGGAAGUUGAUCGUCUCCAAGACAAAUACGAGAAGGCUCAGAUGAUCAUGCAGCGACUUCAAAAGGAAAGAGAUACCUUCCAAGUAGAAACCGAGACGUUGAACGAGAGGAUAGAGUUCCAACAGAGUCAAAUAGCCAAGAUGCAACGUGAAAAAGAGAACGUAUUGUCCGAGCUCGAGUUGGUGAAGGAGAGAUGGGACAAGACGCACAAUUCUCAUCAGAAGUUAACCCUCGAGCGGGACGACGCAUUGACGGAGGUUAAGAUUCUAAAAGAGAAGCUUGACAAGGCCCAAUACUCCGUAACGAAAGCGCACGAGGAGCGAGAGAACGCUAGCAAGGAGUUUGAGAAAAUGUUGGAGAAGUACGACAGAGCUCAGAGCGACGUGUAUCGGCUACAAAAUCGAAUCGAGGUUAUGGAGGCUGACAAGGAUCGAUUGGAGCUCGAGGCCGACAAGCAACAGAUGCUGACGGCGAAGAGCAGGGAGGAUGCACGUAAAGCUCAAGAAGAGUUAGCUAGGGUCCAGGAGAUGUACGACAGGGCUGCGUUACAGCUCGGUCGAACCAAGGAACAGGAGGAGAAAUCGAAGGAGGACCUGGACAGGCUGGCGGUCGAUCUCGAAAUGAUGCGAGAGCGUUACGAGAAGUCGCAAAUAGAAUUGCGCCGUUUGCAGAACGAACGAGAGAAGUUGGUAGGUGACAACGAGCGAAUUAGUUUCGAAUUGGAUCGGGCGCAUUCGCAAUUGAACAAGGCACAAGCGGCGACGGAGAAGACCCAGGAGGAAUUGGCUCGUAUGCAACUGGAGAUCGAAAAGAUGUACGAGAAACACGACCGCCAGCAGGCCGAGGUGAGGAAGGCCCAAGCCGAGGCGGAGAGAUCGAAGGCCGAAGCUGAGAGCGCGCGCGUCGAGUGCGAGAGGUACGCCGCGCGAUUCGGUAAAUAUCAGGAGAGCCAGGGACGGCAGAAGGAGGAGCACGAAUUGGCGAAGCUGGAGGUCGAGAGGCUACGCGAUCGUCUGGAGAAGGCACUGGCGGAGUUGGAGCGCGCGAGGAAGGCCGAGCAGGACGCUUCGAGGUUGCGCGCCGACUUGGAGCGAGCGGAGGGCGUUCGAGGUAAAUACCAGUACGAGCAGGAGAAAUGGCAGAGCGAGGGUAGUAGGCUACAGCAGGAGGUCGAGAAGCUGAGGGAGCGUCUCGAGGGUCGCGAGUCCGAGCUGAAGAGGCAACAGUCGAGCAACGCCGAGCUCGAGGAGAAGCUGCACGAGACGCAGCUUCAGCUCGAGCGUGCUCGCGAGGAAACGAACAAGGUGAACACGGCACAGGAGAGGAAUCGCGGCGAAGUCGAGCGAGCUAGGAUCGAAACCGAGAAGAUACGAGAUCGACACGAUAAGAUCAAGACCAAGGCCGACGCGCUCGAGGCGGACAAUGAGAAGCUCCGCGUCGAGAUCGUUAGGCUCGAGAGAUUGAUGCAGACCGAGGGUAAGACGAGAUCGGAGAGCGCGAGCAUCGAGGUGGAACGUUUGAGAGCUAGCCUGGACAAGGCGUUGACCGCUCGAAAUCAGGUAGAGCUUGAGGCUGGUAGAUUGGCUAAGGAACUCGAGAAGGCUCACAUGCAGACGGUCAAGUAUCAAGAGGCGGCCGAGUUAAACAAGAAGGAGCUGGAGCGUUUAGCCGCCGAGAUGACCUUGCUAAGAGAGGAGAGGGAAGCGCUCCGUCAGGAGCUACGCCGUAUUCAACAGCAACAGCAACAGCAACAGUUACCGGUCGCGGCCACCGAGGAGAUGGCAAGGCUGCAGCACGAGCUGCAACUUGCCCAGCGAGAGCGCGACAAGAUGGCGGCCAUCUUGGAGAACAGGGAGAAACAUUCGGAAAAAAUCGAAAAGGUCAAGGAGAAGCUCGAGGCCGAGGCGAAGCAGUUGCAGAUCGAGAGGGAUCAGUUGGUGAUACAGCUGGAAAAAUCGCAGGAGAUGUUGGUAAACUUCCAACAGGAAUUGAACUCGAACGAGGCGGAACUCGAGCGUCAGCGCGAGGAGGUGCGCCGUCUUCAGCAACUACAGCAACAACGAGCGCACGCGCAGACGCCCGAUCGUGCCGCCAAGGAAGCUCUCGAGGCAAACAUGCGGGAGGUCCAUCGACUGAAUCAACAGAUCCAAACGCUCACGCAGGCACAAACGAAGGAACGCCAAAGAGCGGAGCAAUCGGAGAAACGCGUCCAAGAACUUCAAAGGCAGAUCGCCACGAGGGGAGCCGAAAGCGGGGCGGCUACGGCCGCCACCGAGGCCCAACUCGAACAAUGGAGGAAACUUUGCGAAACGGAGAAGCAACGUGCGGACGCUGCCGAGAGACAGGCGACGGAUCUUCAAAAACAUAUCCAAACGACCGAGAGACAAUUGCACGCCCAGCAGCAACAAAUACAGCAGAUGCAGGUGACGAUUCAACAGCAGCAACAACAGCAGCCGUCGCAAGCGCAAAAUGGGCAGGAGGCGGCAAGGUUACGAAAGGAACUCGAGCGCGCUCAAGAGGACAUUAAACAAGCCGCGGUCGAACGCGAGAGGUUCCAGGCUCAGCUCGAGAUGCUGUGCCAGGAAAUCGAGAAAAAUCAGGUGGAUCUCCACGAGGCGAACAAGAAACUAAAAGCUGGAGCCGCGAAAGCUGGCGCCGAUUCUAGCCAAGAGAAGAAACAAUUGGAGGAGCAAAGGCGUCAGUUGGAGGAGCAGAGGAGACAAACGGAGGAACGAGCCAAAACCGUAGAUCAAAAAUCUAGAACGAUAGAGGAGAAGGAGAGGACGCUCCAAAGUCUCGACCAAGAUUUGAAAAAGCGCAAAGCGAAAAUGGACCAGCUUGAACAACAAUUACAAAGGAGCGGCGGGUCACCGGAUAAAAGAUUGGCGGAAAUGCAAAAGGCGUUGGAGUCUGCCGAGAAGGAAUUGGAAAAGGCCAAGGAAGCGUCCGAGAGGAGCACAGCGGAAACCGAGAGGCUGUUGCAACUCGUACAAAUGACGCAAGAAGAACAAAACUCAAAGGAAAAACAAAUCAGAGAACUACAAGAUGCACUCAAAGCCGCACAAGCCAAGUUGAAACAAGCUGCAACUGCACAGCAACAAGAGGCGGGACCCGCCGGAUUCCUAAAAAGCUUCUUCUAAGGUCGAUUUUCGUUGGGAACGCCUUCUCCGUUCUUUUUAGUACAAUUUGCAUUAAAAGCAAACUUUACGAUUAUAAUAUACGAUUAUAAUAAUAUUAAACGUAAUGAAAUACUAAUAAUAAUAAUAAUAAUAAUAAUAAUAAUAAUAAUAAA